GAUAUCUAGUCUUCUCAGAGACGAGUAGACAGACAGGCUGAUAGGAUGCAGAAAGCAGUGAUUCUGGUUUCCCUGCUGGUCCUGGGGUGGUCCUGGACCCUUCAGGGGGUCCCUGUUCUCCCAGAUCCUCUCUACCCCACGCAGGAGAACUUUGAUCUGACCCAGUUUUUGGGAACAUGGCAUGAUGUUGCUGUGGCAAGUGCAUGUCCCUAUAUGCAACGUAACAGGGGAGAGGCUGCCGUUGGGACACUGAUUCUGCAGACCGGCCCCACUGAGGGCAAACUCAAGAUAACUCGACGUAUGCAGAGAAAAGGAACAUGUAAGGAGAUCCUUGGGGAAUGUCAGUUGACAACCACACCAGGACGAUUCUCUUUUGCACAGUGGAGCGAAGACGUGGACGCCUACGUGGUUCACACAAACUACAACGAGUAUGCGAUAGUGAUAAUGAGCAAACAGAAACCAUCUGGGAAUAAGAGCACCUCAGUAAAGCUUUACAGUCGAACUAUGACUGUGAGAGACACUGUGCUGGAUGACUUCAAAACACUGGUCAGAGAACAGGGAAUGAGUGAUGACACUGUUAUCAUUAAGCAGGACAAAGGAGACUGUGUUCCUGGAGAUUCGGUGGCAGCGCCGUCAGCUAGGCCUGAGCCUCAGCGGAGGAAGAGAAACGUGGUGCCUUCUUUGGCCACUGCUGACGAUGAGGGUUCUGGUGAUAAUAUGCCUCUUUUCAAUGCAACCGAGUCCUGUAAAGCAGCACCAGAUACAGGACCAUGUUUUGGGACGCACCAGCGUUACUACUACAACUCCUCCUCAAUGAGCUGUGAACUCUUCAAGUACGGAGGGUGUAUGGGCAACCAGAACAACUUUGAAAAUGAGAGAGAGUGUCUGCAGAGAUGUCGCACUGAGGCUGUGUGCCGUCUUCCCUUGGUGCCCCAACAAUGCACAGGCCAUCCAACCAUCUGGGCCUUUGACUCAAUCUUCGGUCUGUGCGUGUCCUACAAACAAGGCAUCUGCCAGGGCAACGCCAACAAGUUCUACAGCAAAGCCGAGUGUAAUGAGUACUGCGGGGUAGUGAAUGAUGAGGGAGAACUUCUGAAGGCAAACUGAGUGAGAUGAGGAAACAUUGCUGCUCAUCUGAACUCAUCAUACAGAGAUGCAACUUGAGGCAGCGUCACAUAAGUCACCCACAUAAUAUGUGAAGUUAUAUCAAAACAGAUCACCAAUAAAACAAGUCUGACUCUG